AAAUUGGGCCGCCCGGUUUGUCCCUCCCUCUCUCCCUAUCGCUUCUCUAGCUCGCCCAUACCAUAGCUGCUGGUACCGGCUGCCUGAAAGCUCCCUCUGUUUCCUUGUCUUCUCCGGUUGUCCGGCUUCGUCUCCCUCCGCCUCUCCGCACUCAGUCGAUGGCCUCACCCGGAGCAGCAAAGUUCACGCAGAUGGAAGCCGCGCGGCAGUCCCUCAUCGCCAUCUCCCAGUCGGUGCCGGAGAUCGGGGCGCCCGUCAUCAGGCCUCCUAGCGGCGGCGUAGGCGGAUGCGGCAUGGAUGAGAACGGGCACGAGGACGUGGCGGAGCAGAGGUACAGGGCGAAGCUCAUCUCCAUCUCCAACCAGUCGCCCGACGCCCGGCCUACGCCGUGCCCUCCCAAGACCGGCGCCGCCUAAAGAGCCGUGUGUGUGUGUAACGUUGCCGCAUAUAGGUGUACGUGGUGUACCGGAACUACCGGUUGUGUGUUCUGCUAAUCCACUCGUGGCCCAGGAACCAGGACACUGGGCCUUAAUAAUCGCCUUGAACUGCCAAAGGGAAUACUUGUGUUCGAGUGUGAACUGGAAUUGUGAAAGAACUAUAUGCAAAUAAGUAUAACACCGUUGAUCGUUGACUCA